AGAUGCAUACCGGGUUUCGAGAACGCGGCGUUCGGAUUAGAAGUGGAAGCGACCAACACGUGUGGGCAAUCCGGUCCCACGGAAUUUUGCGUGCAGUCGGGCAGUCAAGUGACCAAGAAGACGUGCGACGUGUGCACAGAAUCGUCUCAUUCGCCAUACUACAUGACAGAUUUCAGCAGCUACGCGAAUCGGACGUGGUGGCAGUCGGAAACAAUGUACGAGAGCGUUCAAUACCCGAACCAAGUCAACCUGACUUUGCACUUUGGUAAAGCAUUCGAUAUCACGUACAUCCGACUUCUGUUUUAUUCGCCGAGGCCCGAGAGUUUCGCGGUGUACAAGAAAACUACAGAAGAUGGACCGUGGAUACCAUAUCAGUUUUACAGUGGGAGUUGUAGAGACACCUACGGAUUGCCAGACUUGAAUUAUAUCCGUCUUGGUGAACAAGAGACCAGGGCGUUCUGUACUUCCGAGUUUUCAGAUAUUUCUCCAUUAACGGGAGGAAGUGUGCCAUUUUCCACACUAGAAGGUAGACCAUCAGCAAAAUUUUAUGAUUCAAAAUCGGAAUUUUGGGAUUGGGUAACCGCAACAGAUGUCCGUAUCACGUUAGACCGUUUAAAUACAUUUGGUGACGAAGUAUUUGGUGAUCCUCAAGUUCUGAAGUCAUAUUUCUAUGCUAUUGCUGAUUUUGCUGUUGGAGCUAGGUGA